GGAAAAUAGUUGAGAAUUAUUUUGCAAUUUUUUUUAGUUUUGUAGAAAGAUCAUCAAAUGGUGAAAAAAAAUCAUAGUUGCUGUUUGGCUGAAACAGUUUAAUCAUGCUCUUAUCAGAGAAGAGAAGCCUUAUGGAAGUGCUUCCAUUAAGUUUGAUGAGAUUCUUAGACGAAUGGGAAGUCAGGUUGUUGAUCAUACUCAGCCUCAUCUUGCAAAUUUUGCUGAUCACUCUGGGUACUCGAAGGAAGUAUAUAUGCAAACUCUGGAUCCGAAUUAUUCUCUGGUCUGCUUACUUAUUAGCAGAUUGGGUGGCCGUUGUUUUACUUGGUACUAUCUCGAACAACACCCUUGAUGCAUGCCAAAACAAGAUCAAUGAGGAACCCGGGGUUGAACUGAGGUGGUUCUGGGCUCAGUUCCUUCUGCUGCAUUUAGGCGGCCCCGACACCAUCACAGCAUAUUCUCUUGAAGAUAAUGAGCUAUGGCUUAGGCAUUUGGUGGGAAUGGGGAUUCAGACUGGCCUUGCUUCCUAUAUACUACUUGUUGCUUUCCACAGCUCGGAUUGGCUUCCCUAUAUGAGUGUCCUCAUCUUCAUUGCAGGUGGAAUUAAGUAUGGAGAACGCUUGUCCACGCUCUAUGCAGCCAGCAGUAAGAAUUUUAGCAACUCUAUGCUUCCAAAGCCUGAUCCGGGGGGCAACUACGUGAGACUCAUGGAGGAAUACACGUUGAAGAUGGAUGAAGGGUUCAUUGUUAGUGUGGAUGAGGUUAUAGAAUCCCAUUUUCGUCGUAGGCCUAAAUUCCACCAUGAGCCAGAUAUACAAGAAGCUUAUGUCCUAUUCUUGAAGUUUAGGCACCUCUUUUCUGACACGGUUUUGAGCAUUCAAAAUUGUGACAAAACCAAAUGCUACUUCCUGGAGCUGUCUGGGAAGCAAGCUUUCAAGGUUAUUGAGAUUGAGUUUGGAUUCUUGUUUGACGAGCUCUACACGAAAGCAUCUGUUGUCUAUAAUCUGAGGGGGUGUAUCCUUCGGCUGAUCACCUUCUCGUUCACUCUCAUCGUAUGGAUGAUGUUCUUCUUCAAGUGCGAGAAAGGGAAGUACAAGAGGUUGGACUUGGUGAUCACUCACUUGUUGCUUGGGGUGGCUGUCUUCUUGGAGAUAUAUGCUGUGAGGGCUCUCGUGAACUCAGACUGGACGCAUAGGCUGAAAGGACAUAACAGAAAUCGCGUAAUUCAAUGGCUUCAUCAGCCAAUCAAGAAGAGAUGGUCUAAGAAAGCUGCUCAACACAAUCUACUUGAUCUUUGUGUUGGAAUAAAAUCUGCAGUGUUGCCAAAAGGCAUCAGAAAUGUCACUGGAAUCUGUCACUACCUUGAAAAGCAGUGGCUCAAGUCGUUUGUCGAAGUCUCGCUAGGUCUGAAGGAUCUAAUAUUCAAUGAGUUGAAGAACUACACGAUUAAUUUUGAUCAUUCUCAUAUGUGGAACAGAGGGUUCCUCUCUUCCUCUCUUGAAGAGAUCAAUAAGAGAGAAUUCGACGAGAGGAUCCUUCUCUUGCACAUUGCCACCGACCUUUGCUAUUCGCAGAAACCACCCGACGACGAAAGCAAGGAGACUACUGCACUUGCAGGCCACAGCAAGAACAUAUCUGAAUACAUGUUGUAUCUCCUCAUUGACUGCCCUUUCAUGCUGCCAAUGGGGAUCGGGGUGAUAAGGUUCCAGGACACCUGUGCUGAGGCACGAGUGUUUUUUGGAGAGAAGAAGAUAUUCACAAAACAAGAGGCGUGCAAGAAGCUGCGGAAGGUGGACGCCCAUGUGCCACCGGCUAAAGUGAGGGACGACCGGAGCAAAACCGUGCUGUUUGAUGCUUGUAGACUGGCCAAGAAACUCUUACAAGAGGAGCGGAGGUGGGAGGUUAUAAGCAAAGAAUGGGUGGGGAUGCUGGCUCACGCCGCCACAAAUUGUAGCGGCAACCACCACGCCCACCAGCUGCGGAAGGGCGGAGAGCUGCUCAGCCAUGUCUGGCUUCUCAUGGCACAUUUGGGCAUCUUAGAGCACUUCAAGAUAUCUCAAGGUCAUGCUAGAGAUGCUAAAAUGAUGUCGCGCUAGACCUAAAUCACACUCCUCCUGUUCCGUUUGACUUGGCUCACACGCUUAUAAAAUUUAUCAAUUAUUUUCAUUUUCGUCA